GAUGCACGCCCUUCGAAGUCUCUCCGCUUUAUCCAUUUUACUUCUCUUUCGUGUCGCACUUGAUGACCAUUGCAGAUGUCUCGCCCAAAGGGGCAACACAAUUGAGUUGACUAUUCGUGUUUAUUCAAAGAACAACACAAAUGGAAGUUGUGAAGUGCAUAGUAUGACUUGUCCAAGGCAGGAGGUUGAGAGACAGUUUGAGAAGUUUAAGGCUAUAAUUUCGAGGACGUUGAUACCUGUGCCAGAGCUGAACAAGACGGAAUGUUUGGACGCAUACAAGAAUUGGGUUCGUGCAGCACUCUGUAAGAUAUCCACAAACAUCAAGGGAAGCGAUGAGCCAUUGCUUCCCUGUCUGACUGUUUGCAACAAGGCUCUGCAAAAGUGUCCGACGUAUCAGCCAGCCUCUAAAAUGAACUCCUCAUGCGAUGCUUCAAUAGAGAACUCCAAGUGUAAUGGUGAUAAGACAUACUCGUAUGAAUAUGGUGGACGACCAGCAUUCACUUGCCCGAGCAGGGAUGAUGUCUUUAAGAAUGUCAACAGUUCAUACGGAUUGAAAUGUAAACGCUGUUAUGAAUUUUGUUCCAAGUAACUGCUAAUAGAAAUAGGUAAUGUAUUGUAAUAUAUAUAGUCAAUAAUUGGACCUGAUUUUAUGAGACUGUUAAUAUAGGCUUGAGUUGAAGUAUGCGGUUAAAUAUUUGAGCUUAUCAUAUAAAUGGUUUAUAUUAACUAAGAAUUUAGUAACUGAAGUUUUCACAGUUAUGAGCCCUUAACUUAAAGAAACCAUCAGCUUGUAAGUAUUACACCAGGAGCACUGCCCUUUCACGUGACUACAAAUCCCGCAACACUUUGCUAAAUUACAUACGGGAUAUAUGAUGACUGGAUUCCCGUAUAAUCCUUGUC